GACAGAAUGAGCAUCACUCCUCGAGGACAACGCCAUGUCACUCCACAAAUAGGUGUAGCAACCAACAGUCCUUUUGCUCGAUCAAACACCAUUUCUGCCUCGAGUGGGCCUCGUUCACCAAUCAAGCCCACCGGCCGCGAACGUCAAGAGCUAGGUCUGCGUCUUGAACGCGUCAUUGGCACCACAUGUCAGACUGUCUUCUGCUUCGACCAUCUGCCUGAAACAAAAAGGUUUGCCUAUACCGCAGGCGCCGCUGCUGUUGUCGCCUCUGUACACCCUGAUGGUUCCAUAUCACAACGCUUCUUCAGAGCCAACCCGUCACACCCUCAACAGAGGUCCAAUCUUCCACCUGCCAUAUCUGCCUCACCCGCCGACUCGAGGCUUCGUUCUCCGCUGCCUCCAACAGACCGUUCCGAAUGGAGUGAUUCUCCCGCAGGAACUAAGAGCAGUGCUGUCCGCGAACGUGUAAAGGCUGCCACUGCAGUAAGCUUCAGUCCGAACGGCCGUUUGCUUGCCGUCGGCGAGACUGGCUACAAACCUCGAGUUCUGGUUUUCUCGCUCGCUGACAAGUCGUCCGCCGAUUCACCUGUAUCCUCCAUAUGCGAGCAUACUUUUGGCGUCCAAUCCGUGAGUUUUGGCCCGGACUCUCGCUACCUUGCAUCCCUUGGUACCGUGAAUGACGGCUUCUUGUACAUUUGGAGUAUCGAUGAAAGAGGAGGCACACCCACCCUGAUUGCUGCAAAUAAAUGUACAACAAGCGUGCGCCAUAUGACCUGGAUGGGCUGCAACCUGGUCACGGUAGGAUUACGAUUCAUCAAGGUCUGGAGACCAAAUGACCUUCCAGCUAGCGUCAAUGAGAACUCGGAACGAGGCUAUGGCUUAUAUAAUCGUCAACACAAGCCGCUGGCUGGCCGAAACACUCUGCUAGGUGAUCUGCUCGACGCAACCUUCACAUGCGUGGCAUCAUUCUCCGAGACCAAGGCCAUUGUCUGCACUGAUGGCGGAGAUGUGUGUAUUCUUGACGAUGAGGAUAAAGCUCAGCGACUCAUCAGGGUCACCAACGUCGAUUUCAGUAUUACAGCUGCGUGCCUCGGGCCUGAUAAUAAGGUUGUCGUCACAGGGCUAGAUGGUAGUAUUGAGGUUCUGGAUCUUGUCGACCUCACCAGAACAUUCAUCUCACCGAACACGCCGCCAGGGUCUAAAGCAUCCUCAAAGCCGUCAACUUCGGGCUUUGUCGCUGCCGGGUCUGUUGGAAAUUCCAUAGUGACUGUGGACAAUAGCCAUGGCAUUCAACUACGAGACAUCUCGCCAAAAUCUCGAGACGACACUCCUGACCAUGCAGUACUACAGAAGCUCCCAGCACAUUCAGAUGCAGUUCUCGGAGUCCGCGCUGUUGCGGCGCCGAACGAGCAGGACAUUGCGUUCAUCAGUUGGUCUGCAAAUGGCUCCGUUAUCUUCUGGUCGUCUGAGUGCGAGGCGAAGGCAAUGAUAUCGGUCUCGAUGGAUCAGUCUGUUGAUAUGUACAAUGUCGUCAACGAACUCAAGACAGUUGUGGCGUUCUCAAAUGUUUCUCACGCAGUAUCUGGAGACAAGUACGGCGUGUUGAGAAUCUCAAAUGUCAAUACCGGAGAAGAUGUCUCGCGGGUGAGAGCUCACGCAGGAGAGGUCACCGACAUUGCGAUUCACGAAGAUGCAACAUACACGCUCAUAGCUUCAAGCAGCCGGGACCGUACGAUUCAAUUAUUGACAUGGAACUCAGGGCAGCUGGACCUUUUGCAGACGCUGGACGAGCACGCAGGAUCAGUGACGUGUGUUCUAUUUGCUAAGAAAGGCGAACAGUUACUGUCAUGCUCGGCGGACAGGUCUAUAGUGGUUCGAGAGGCCGCAAGACAACAAGGGACUGGUCCUCCCCUUUUCAUCAUCACCAGGACAAUUACGCUCAAGAGCUCACCCACUUGUCUGAGGAUGUCUCUGUUUGCCGACACUCUUCUUGUCUCUGCAACUGAUCGCACGAUCCAGCUCGUCAGCACGAGGACUGGUCGCGUCAUCUCCUGUUUCAAGGCUGGUGACACGGAUGGCGGAGAUGCCGUUAUCAUGUCGAGUCUGGUUCAUCUACCCUCGACUGCAGGAUCACCGAUUGUCGCAGGUGUAGCAGGGAGUGACAAAUCUGUGCGCAUGUAUACAGAAGACGGCACCCUACUCGCGCGAGAUUGGGGCCAUACAGAAGGGGUCACUGACAUUGCGCUACUCAAGUCACACGCAGCGCCUGACGAUCUGGCAGCGAUGAAACUCGUAACUGUCGCUGCGGAUGGUACGAUAUUUAUAUGGGCGACAGUGCCUGAAAGACCCCGAUCAAGGGAGUCUUCAGAUGCAGCCCCAUCGUUCGCAAGCACCGCUCCCGGCAUCGUCUCUGCCGAACAGCCUUUACGAAAAGUCAUCUCUCACAGCGAGCUUGCUAGAUUCCAACGAGCCAGGUCCAGCGAAACAGAACAUUCAGACGCUACAGGUGCAACAGCGAGCACAGGACUGAAGAAGAAACCUAGCAGGUUGAGCAUCCGCCCACCGCCACCACCGCUAAGGUUAGAGCCUUCGCCGCUGGGGACUAUGCGCAAUGGUCUAACGGUCAGAAAUAGACAACGAAGUCCAAGUCCAAGUCCUACGCCGCCUAGUCCCAGUCCGAGAUUACCGCCUAAAAAAGGGAGUAAAGAUAGCAAGACAGACUCUAGCACAACUGGUUUUGGUAGUAUUGCGGCAUCGACGGAACAGCUUUCACGGAUGUUGCGCGCAUACAGACAGAAAUUGGAAGGCAACUGCACUGGCUUGACAGGCGAGAAGCUCAGAGAAUUGCAAAAAGAGCUAGAGAAAACAACUCAGAUGGUUCAACAGAAGUUG